AUGCUUACUGUUGUCAUGAACACCUUGAAUCUUAUUCUAAUAGGUUAUCCAGAUAGCACUACUAUAGCUUUCAAGCCAUCGUGUGUUAAUUUGGGGCAGCUUGGACUGCAUAAUCCAGACAAGCUGGUUAUGUCAUCACAAUCCUGCAUCUGCAAACCACCAAUCAGGAACUUCCUUCGUUGCGAUGGAAGGAACAUAUGCCUCGAAGAUUACACGGCACUAGGAGUGGACGAGCUCCGGGAAAUAAAACAGAGCAAGGGUAACAAACUCCUUCAAAAGCAACACAAGUGGAUGUCCAAUGCCAGCAAUUUAUAA